AUUUUGAUUAUCGAUUGUAUGUCAUAGCUGCGAUAUCACAAAAACAUUUUAUGAUUAUCUGUAUUUUUUGACCAUUGUAAUUAAAGUCGUUGAAUUUAACCAAGUUUUCCUCAUUCACUUUCCUCAGUUGUAGGCAAGACCUGCUUCAGCGGACUCUUAGCUAACCCUUCGUUUUUUUAAAUAUAGAAGAAAAGACACUACAAGAACGUAUAUGGAAUAGAUCUUCUAUAGGACCCGUUGUUCUGAAUCACAAGCCACGAUGGGACCGCGGUGGGUGGUUCACAGCGACAUGGUACGGAAGACGGCUUGGGAGCUGUACAUGACAGUCUUAGGACUUCUCAUAUCCCUUCUGAUCCCUGUCAUGCUCAUCUUUUUCAUCCCAACCCUGAUUUGGAGACCCAUCGCAAAAGCUCUGCGACCUUACCUUCGUCCGGACCUGGACGAAAUGCUGUCCUGCUCCAGCAGCGUCUUUGCACAGGUGGACGAUGACGAUUACGUGAAAAGUAUGAUCGUUAUGCACGGUUCGCUUAAAGGGGUCCUAGACUAUGACCUCUUUGUGCAGCAGGUCAAAGAGCGACUGUUGGACUGCAAGGAGGAGGAAAGUGGUGACCUCCGCUACCCCCAACUCAAACAGUACAUCACAAACUGGGUGGGUUAUAAAUUUUGGAAAUGGGAGGAAGAUUUCCACGUCAAAAACCAUGUUCAUCUCAUCAACGAGAACAAUUUGGAAAUGAGGCCGGAUGAUUUGCUCACCAUAUCCAAGAACCUUCUGUGUGGAACUUUCGAGGCGAGGCGCAGCCCGUGGGACAUGACCCUCAUUCCUGGCGUGAUGCUCAACGGAGAGUUGUCCACUUUCUUAAUAAUUCGGUCACAUCACGCUCUGGCGGAUGGUUACUCCCUCCUCUUUCUUGUUCAGCGUCUCUUUGGCGAAAGCAGACCACGAGCUCCACUAACCCCCAAGUGCACAAGUCUUGAGAUUGGCUACUUUCUCCGCCUCCCAUACAAAGUUCUCCGCAUUUUCGGCGAGUUGGCGCACAACACGGCCUCAUCAUUCCUCUGGAAGAUCCCGGAGACACAAAAGUCGCGCGAAUGGUCAAUUUAUCAAGGCGACAGGGUCAAAGUCACGAGCAUCAUAAAAAUUAAGCGGCACUUUGGGGUGAGCUUCACCGCCGUGGUCUUUUCCCUCUUGUGUGGAGGACUUCAGCGCUUCAUUGCCCGUCAUGGGAAGGGACCAGGUAUCAGGGCGCUCCCCUCCGCCAUCACCGUCCCCGUCAAGUCACAUCCGGACAAGUUAUGCAACAAAUUUUCGUUUGCAAUGUUUUCCUAUCCGGUUGGAGUCCAAGACCCCGUUGAACGCUUAAGCACUGUGCACAACAACUUUGAGGACCUCCGAGAUUCUCCAGUCCCAAUUAUUGGAUAUUUUGCUUUCCGACUUCACGGGUCACAUUUCAAUUGCGUAGGAAAACUGAUAAACUCCUAUCGUUACGCGCCCUUUGUGACCUCUUACUUUCCUACGGGUCAGCCCAAUUGGGUGCUACAAGAUUGUCCCGUGGAUUACAUGACAUUUUUUCUAAGAGUUCAACAAGGACAGCAAGGCGCAAUGUUGUGCGUCUCUGCCUUUCACAACAGUAUUUCUCUCAACGCCGUGUUCAACGCGAGCCUACUUUCCCAAGAGGAGGUGAUCGAACUAGGUCGUGACAUUGAAGAGGAGGCCGAAAUUCUGCUCGAAGCGAUUGAGUUCCACGAGAAAAAAGUUCUCUGAACUCCAAGUAGUUCCACAACUAUAAAAUUAGAUUUAGAUUAGAGAUUAAGAGGAGCGGAUGAAAUUGCAAGUCUUACACUUUGCAUCGAGACAAUAGGAUAAUUUAUUGGGUGUUAGGUAAAUAUUCCUGUUAUGUAACAUGUAUGCCUAGGCACUAGUUUUGCAAAGUCUAUUAUGCCGAGGAGGCUGCGGAAUAAAUAAAUGUGAAUAAAGUACCAUCAUCAUCAUCAUGUA